AUGACCAACAGUAGCUUCCUUAGACCUUCUAGCUUCCUUCUAUCAGGAAUCCCGGGAAUGGAAAGUGGGAAUGUGUGGCUGGCCAUCCCUUUCUGCUGCAGGUACACUAUUUCCAUUCUGGGAAACAGUGCAAUCCUCUUUGUCAUCAAAGCAGAGCGCAGCCUCCAUGAGCCCAUGUACCUCCUCCUGUGCAUGCUGGCUGUCACAGAGCUUCGUGUGUCUCUGUCUACGCUCCCCACAGUGCUGAGCGUGCUACUCUUUGAUUCACGGGAGAUCAGGUUUGACGCCUGCCUCGCCCAGAUGUUCUUCAUUCACUGCUUCUCCAUCCUGGACUCGGUGCUGUGGGCCAUGGCCUUCGACCGCUUCAUGGCCAUCUACAACCCCUUGCAGUAUGCAUCCAUCCUGAACAGCCCCAGGAUAGGUGUCAUCGGGCUGGGGCUCACAGUGAGGAGCGUUAGACUCUUGCUCCCCUUACCGAUACUUCUGAAGAACCUGUCGUUCUGCAGGUCCCACGUGCUGGCUCACUCCUUCUGUUUGCACCCCAACUUACUCCAGCUGCCCUGUGCAGAUAUCAAGGUGAAUAGCAUGUAUGGCUUAUUUGUUGUCCUGGCCACCGUUGGGCUAGACUUGCUGUCUAUCAUUCUGCCCUGUGUCAUGAUCAUUAAGACUGUGCUGAGUAUCGCAUCCAAGGAAGAGCGUCUCAAGACCCUGAGCACCUGCGUCUCUCAUAUCUGUGCUGUUCUGAUUUAUUAUAUCCCAAUGAUUGGCUUGUCCAUGGUGUACAGGUUUGGGAAAACUGCCUCUCCUCUGAUUCAUGUCCUCAUGGCCAAUAUCUACCUCCUUGUACCUCCUGUGCUAAACCCCAUUAUUUACAGUGUAAAAACUAAACGGAUCCGCAGAGGGAUACACAAACUUCUCACUCCAAGAAGGCACUGA